AUGGCUUCUGAACAGAUAUUCCGCGCUGAGAGAAUCUUAAACCAUGAAUUUCACUCUAAGAACCUCAUCCGAGAAGCGCUGACAGCAGCUGGUGCUGAACAGGAUAACUAUGAUGGCAACCGGAGAUUAGCACAAGGGGGAAUGGCACUGACAACCUUCUUAUUGAAUAUUGAGGGGAUCGCGUCACGGCUUACUCCGAGUGAAAUCUUCCAUCAUAGGGCCCGGCUCAGUAAUAUCAAGCAUUGUGCGAUGGUUACGAUUCGAUGUGGUAUUGAUCGAUGCAUCAACUAUAACCCUCGUUCUGGCCAGUUCUCGCAGAAGGUGUUGGCUAAAGCAUUGAAUGCAGUCAUCGCUGCAGUAUUCUUGGAUAGCAACUGGGAUUUGAAACUUUGCAGUAGGACUUUGCAACAUAUUGGAUUUUUCACGGUUGAGAAUGGAGCUGUGGACCCCGGUCAACUAUCUCUUCCCGCCAUUGAAAACGGGGGUAAUACCAGAGGUACCAUGAUACAUCCAGUCUUGCUACCCCCUAGCAAUGUAGGGAACGAAGAUUAUGUCGAUUUAGCUUCCUCGGGUGUCAAUCUUGACAUGUACGACUGCGUCUCUGCCGACAUAUCUAUCUUUUCGUCUGCUACGGCGCCCAACGCUGCUGGCUUGAAACCAAGGGACUGUGGGCUUCUAGAUAGACUAAUAGAUCAGCCCCAACAUGGAGACCCGGGCAAUCAGCAUGUUAGUCAAGCUCUAUCACCGAGACCUGCAAAGAGGAAGCGGGUGGAAUCGCAACCUAUUGCACCGUCGUCUACAACGCUGGUCGCUCGGAAGAGAAGCAAUAUGUCGUGGAACAACAAAAGCCUUACUGGCGAAGAUGGUAAACAGACUACGCUUGGAAGAAUCUUUACCAUUGUUGCCAGUCCCCAGGCAAUCGCGGUCCUCCAAGCAGCAGUCAAAAGUAUUCGCAGCCACUGUGAGCCUGACUGGUUUCGGAAUUAUCAAGCCCAAUCUCUUCCUGAGCGUUACAAGAUGAUUGAAGCCUGUGACAGAAGAAUAGCCUCGUAUCACUUUCUCCGGCGCUUUCAUAUACUGAAUCUGUACCAAGAAUUCGCGGGCAGCAGGAAGCAGGAGCCCUGGAGUGUGAGGCUUACAACUCCAUCAGAUUUUAGAACGCAGGCGAGAAAGGCUGGAAAUCCCGAGAACCUUGCCGACUCGGAUAUAACUAAAAAGAUGAUGAAGGCCAUAUUUCCUGACUUAUCGCCAUCCGCUGGUCAGGAGUAUAAUAAAAGAUACAAAUAUGUCACCAAGAUACGACGACUAGGCCAUCGACUCAUGCUGAUGGCAGACAAGUUUGGCAGUGGGGUGAUUUAUCUUUUACCUGCACAUAGUCUCACUGGGGCUUCAGAAGUCUUAGUUUCAGAUGAUAUGAUUCUUGAGAGCUCCAAUGAAACAUUCAGUGCAUUCUUGGGCUUUCUGGAUGCGUCACAGGGACCUAAUCUUCGUCUUUUCAGCGACCGAGUGUACAGGAUGCUUCAUUCAGUCCUGUCUGGCCACCGUCAUUUGUUUGACAUCCUGGCAGUGGAGGAAGUCUCAGAACAGGAAAUACUGGCCGAAGAGAAAUGGUCACAUAGAUUGUUAUCUAUACUUGGCUAG